AUCUGAUCGUCAUCAUCUAUAUAUACAUAAUAUAGUAUAGUAGUUGUUAUAAGAGUCGUAUACGUCCGCGUGUGAUGCGUAUCAUGGUAAGAUAUUAUAUUUUGUGUCGUUGCUCUGUUUAAUAUUCUGUAGGUCUAAUAUUAUUUAAAUUAUAUUACAUUAAAACGAUGUUAUUUACAUUUUUUGAAAUUUCGCGUACUUUUCGUUUUACGUUCCAUGAAAUUCGCCAGCAUUUCUAUGGAUUCGUAUAACCACAAAAGUUCGGCAGUCCCAGUUCGAAAAUCAACACAAUUAUAUUCCAUCACAACCGAAUCGAUCGUUUUCCGAGUGAUCUUAAUUAGUUGUUUUAUUGCAAGUCUUUCAGCUGUGAGUCUGUCUAAAAUGUCCAUUAACCCGGUGGUAAUACCCACUUCCGUCAAGCAGACCGCUACCGUCAUAUUUCUUCAUGGUUUAGGCGAUUCAGGAAAUGGCUGGGCCGAAGCAAUGACACAAAUACGUCAGCCAUACAUGAAAGUGAUAUGCCCUUCAGCGAGCCCGAUGCCAGUAUCACUUAACCAAGGAUUUCGUAUGCCAUCGUGGUUUGAUUUGUUCACGUUGGACGAGUCAGGUCCAGAAGACGAGAGUGGCAUUAAAGAAGCGGCUAAAGUAGUGCACAAAAUGAUUGAUCGUGAGAUUGAAACUUCUAAUGUUCCGUCAUCUCGUAUUGCUUUGGGUGGAUUUUCCCAAGGCGGAGCUCUCGCUCUGUACUCUGCAUUCACAUACCCGAAACCGUUAGCUGGCAUUAUGGCCCUAUCGUGUUGGGUACCACUUCAUAAAACAUUCCCAGCAGCAGCUAUAGGUAACAAAGACGUGCCGAUUAUUCAGUGUCACGGAGACUGUGAUCCUAUCGUGCCUCUAAAGUGGGGUCAACUGUCAGCGUCUAUUCUCAAGUCGUUUGCGAAAAAUAUUGAGCUAAAAACGUACAGAGGGUUAAUGCAUAGUUCAUCUGAUACGGAAAUGAAGGACCUAAAGAAGUUCUUGGAAAAAGUGCUCCCUUUAAUAUGAUUUUAUCGAGAAUAAAUGUGGUUUGCUUUUAAUGCACAUAGCAUUAGAGUCGUUUGUGUUAUUUUUCUUUGUAGAAUUACUGUUUUGUCUUGUUUUUAUUUUAUUUUUAUUUUUAAGUGUAAAUAAUUAUUGUAAAAUCAUGACUUAUAGUGUUUGGAGAUGCAAAAUUUUUGUUUUAUCUGCAUACUAGAAACAAUGGAAGUGUUAGAUGUAAUAGAAAUAUACAAUAUCAUAUAUUAUGAAUACAAUAUUCGACUACUCGUCUGUAAAUUAUUAUUUGAUUAAAAAAAACCUAUUAUAUUAA